GGCCGCUCGGGCCGGGCUGGGCGCACAACGGCGGCGGUGGGUGGGGAGCGGCGGUACCGGUACCUCCACGAUGCCAGGGAGCCUCUCCACGGCCCUGCGUGUCGUGGGGACCAGCCUCUUUGCCGUGGUGGUGCUGGGGGGAAUCCUGGCUGCCUACGUCACAGGGUACCAGUUCAUCCAUACAGAGAAGCACUACCUCUCCUUCGGGCUCUACGGGGCCAUCCUGGGGCUGCACCUCUUCAUCCAGAGCCUCUUUGCCUUCCUGGAGCACCGGCGCAUGCGGGGCGAGGGGCGGCCAGUGCGGCCGGGGCGCUCCGUGGCCCUCUGCAUCGCCGCCUUCCAGGAGGAUCCCGACUACCUGACGAAGUGCCUGCGCUCUGUCAAGCGCAUCGCCUUCCCUGACCUCAAAGUGGUGAUGGUGGUGGAUGGAAAUGGCCCUGAUGACACCUACAUGCUGGACAUCUUCCACGACGUGAUGGGCUCCGAGCACUCAGGCAGCUACAUCUGGAGGAGCAACUUCCACGCGCAGGGCGAGGGGGAGACGGAGGCCGGGUUGCGGGAAGGGCUGGCCCAUGUCCAGGCGCUGGUGCGCAGCAACACCUACUCCUGCAUCCUCCAGAAGUGGGGCGGGAAGCGGGAGGUGAUGUACACGGCCUUCCGGGCGCUCGGAGACUCUGUGGACUACAUCCAGGUGUGUGACUCAGACACGGUGCUGGACCCCGCCUGCACUGCCGAGAUGCUCCGCAUCCUGGAGGCUGACCCCCAUGUCGGUGGCGUCGGUGGCGAUGUGCAGAUCCUGAACAAGUACGACUCGUGGCUCUCCUUCCUGAGCAGCGUUCGGUACUGGAUGGCCUUCAACGUGGAGCGCGCGUGCCAGUCGUACUUCGGGUGCGUGCAGUGCAUCAGCGGCCCCCUGGGCAUGUACCGCAACACCCUCCUGCAGCAGUUCCUCGAGGACUGGUACCACCAGACCUUCCUGGGCAGCAAGUGCAGCUUCGGGGAUGACCGGCACCUCACCAACCGUGUGCUCAGCCUGGGCUACCGGACCAAGUACACGGCUCGCUCCAAGUGCCUGACGGAGACACCCACGCGGUACCUGCGCUGGCUCAACCAGCAGACCCGCUGGAGCAAGUCCUACUUCCGUGAGUGGCUCUACAACGCACUGUGGUUCCACAAGCACCACCUCUGGAUGACCUACGAGUCGGUGGUCACUGGGUUCUUCCCCUUCUUCCUCAUUGCCACCGUCAUCCAGCUCUUCUACCGUGGUCGCAUCUGGAACAUCCUCCUGUUCCUGCUGACGGUGCAGCUGGUGGGUGUCAUCAAGGCCACCUAUGCCUGCUUCCUGCGUGGCAACGCUGAGAUGAUCUUCAUGUCCCUCUAUGCUCUCCUCUACAUGUCCAGUCUGCUGCCUGCCAAGAUCUUUGCCAUCGCCACCAUCAACAAAUCUGGCUGGGGCACCUCGGGGCGUCGCACCAUCGUGGUGAACUUUGUGGGGCUGCUGCCAGUGUCGGUGUGGGUGGCAGUGCUGCUGGGCGGGCUGGCCUACACUGCCUACAGCCAGGACCUCUUCAGCGAGACCGAGGUGGUCUUCCUCAUUUCGGGUGCCAUCCUCUACGCCUGCUACUGGGUGGCCCUGCUCACCCUCUACCUGGCCAUCGUCGCCCGCCGCUGUGGCAAGCGGGAGGAGCAGUGUGGGCUGGCCUUCACUGAGGUCUGACCGCAGAGUGGUGCUGUGUGCUGGGGGGCUCCUGUGUGCCAGAACAAUCAUCCCCAGUCCCCUCUUCCCCCAUCCUGGAGCCGGGAUGGUGGAAGUGCCAGGUGCUGGGCAGUGCUGGGGUGUCCCCACUUGCCAGAGCAACCAUCCCAGAUCCCCUCUUCCCCCAUCACAGAGCCACCAGGUGCUGGGCAGUGCCAGGGUAACUAUUCCCGGCCCCCUCUUCCCCAUCCCAGAGCCAAUGGGCAGCGCUGAGCGCUCCCACCCCUUGGCACUUCUCAGCAAAUCUUGAAAUCUUGCUAAUUUUUUUAUUGAUAUGUUUAUUUUUUUCCUUAUAAUUUCUGCAUCCCAAGCUGGCCGUGGAGAAGCUGAGCCAGGGCUGCCCGUCACCCCGCUGGGUGCCGCCGGCCACAUCCCU